CGGGUAACUUAAUUGGUUGCUUUGGUCGCUCUUCAGGCUCAGAUCGAAACACAGUUGGUUUCUUCUCCCUGAACGCGUGAAGGACGAGCUGAGUGAAGAGAGAAACGGUCAGAUGUCGAUGAAGACGAGCGAUAGGAUUCAUCCGGAGCACGAGCUCUUGCUGAUGAUGCAGGCAGACCCUUUCUUCUGCAGCGCGUGUGGACAGGUUGGGAUUGGAUCGGCUUACGGUUGUGAGUCAUGCCUCGUCCUAGUCCACCGAAAGUGCAUGUACCCAUCUUCAACGGCGGCGCACCCUCUUCAGAAGAAUUGCAGCGUCAAGUAUAGUCCUCAAGCUGAAACCAGUGGUGCUUGUACUUACUGCCGCGCGUGCUCGAAGCCUCUUCGAGGCGGCACAUACAGCUCCGCCACCUCUGGCAAUCCGAGCUUCCACCCAUCUUGCCUCCACCUUGAGAAAUGCAUAAAGUUCGACGAUGUCGAGCUCAAUCUCGUCGAGUCGUGCUCCUCGGCUUGCGACUGGUGCAAGGAGGAGUCGAUCAGGGUGAAGAAAGUCAAGAUCCCGAGCUGGUGGUACGUGUCUGAGGACGGGAAGCACAGCUUCCAUGCGGGGUGCGCGUGGGAAAUGACGGUGGAGAGCUGGAAGAGCGGCGGCCUCACUUGUGCAGACGAGGACGAUGACGAUGGCCAGACGUCCAUGAGAGCCGACAUGCCUUGUCAACGGAAAGGCAAGAGAAGAGGGUUUGUCCGGAGGACGAUAGCGAGGGUCUCUAUUGUUGCCGGGGUGUUGGCAGCCACCGGGGACCCAACCGGAAUUACGGGAAUAGCGUUAUUACACCUAGGACCAAAGUUAUUCCAACGUGCCCGGUUCUCGACGUCGAAAAUGUUGGGUAGAUUAGAUUUGCCAACUCAUCCGUAGAUUAGUCCAUUCAAUUAUCGCCACGUGUCCAAUGGGCCCACUAUUCAGGAUUUUUCAAAAGGCUCUCUUCUC